GGCGCCUGAACCAGCCCCGGGGGCUGCCAGAGGUGCGUCUCCCAGCUGACGCGGCCGCCUGGGGCGGAGCGAGCCGGACGUGCCACCUGCAGUGCUGGCUGGUGCUUUUUAUUUACUAGGGAACAGUUUCCUCGCGGGAGAGUCCGGGAGCGCGCCGGCAGUCGCGCACACACAGACACACACGCUGGCGCGCUCGUUUUUCACUACUGCGUCCCCUAACCAGCAGAGCGAAGCCACUGCGGGUUCUCUUAACCUCAGCGUUGUGGGGCGAAGCAGAGCCAUUGUGCAUCAGGGAGAGCCCGGUGUCUGCGCUGCCGCCUCGGGUACCUAACAGCAGACCGCUCACCCCAUCGGCUGGAAUGCUUACUGAUUCCUCUGCAAACUUCUAAGACUGAGAGCCUGAGGAACCCAGCUGGAGAAUGCCGUCUGAAUGCUGCCUCAGUAUUCAAGAAAUGCUGACAGGCCAGAGGCUUUGCCACUCCGAAUCUCACAAUGAUAGUGUCCUGGCAGCACUGAAUCAGCAGAGGAGUGACGGCAUCCUCUGCGACGUCACCCUGAUCGCUGAGGAGCAGAAAUUCCAUGCUCACAAGGCAGUCCUGGCAGCGUGCAGUGACUAUUUCCGGGCAAUGUUCAGUCUUUGUAUGGUGGAAAGUGGAGCUGAUGAGGUGAAUUUGCACGGUGUGACCAGCCUUGGCUUAAAGCAGGCUCUGGAGUUUGCAUACACAGGACAGAUUCUGUUGGAGCCAGGCGUGAUCCAGGACGUAUUGGCAGCUGGCAGUCACCUACAGCUGUUGGAGCUCCUCAAUUUAUGUUCCCACUAUCUCAUCCAGGAAUUAAAUAGCUUUAAUUAUUUGGAUCUGUACAGACUUGCUGACCUCUUUAACCUCACUUUGUUGGAGAAAGCGGUGAUUGAUUUCUUAGUGAAACAUCUCUCUGAACUCCUGAAGAGCCGCCCGGAAGACGUUCUAACGCUUCCUUACUGCCUGCUGCAGGAGGUCCUGAAGAGCGACCGCCUGACCUCCCUGAGUGAGGAGCAGAUCUGGCAGCUAGCCGUGCGGUGGCUGGAGCACAACUGCCACUACCAGUACAUGGACGAGCUCCUGCAGUACAUCCGCUUUGGCCUAAUGGAUGUGGACACUCUCCAUACAGUUGCCCUGUCCCACCCCCUCGUCCAGGCAAGCGAGACUGCAACAGCCCUGGUCAAUGAGGCCCUGGAAUACCACCAGAGCAUCUAUGCACAGCCCGUCUGGCAGACUUGCAGGACCAAACCACGGUUCCAGUCAGACACUCUGUAUAUCAUUGGUGGGAAAAAGCGUGAGGUCUGUAAAGUCAAGGAACUUCGGUACUUCAAUCCUGUCGAUCAGGAGAAUGCUCUCAUUGCUGCCAUCGCCAACUGGAGUGAGCUGGCGCCCAUGCCUGUGGGAAGGAGCCACCAUUGUGUGGCAGUCAUGGGGGACUUCCUAUUUGUAGCAGGUGGGGAAGUUGAGCACGCCAGCGGCCGGACGUGUGCCGUGAGGACUGCAUGUCGCUAUGACCCCCGCAGUAAUUCCUGGGCGGAAAUAGCACCCAUGAAAAACUGCCGGGAGCAUUUUGUGCUAGGUGCCAUGGAUGAAUACCUCUACGCGGUUGGGGGCAGAAACGAACUGCGCCAGGUUCUGCCUACGGUUGAGCGAUAUUGCCCCAAGAAGAACAAGUGGACUUUCGUUCAGUCCUUUGACAGAUCCCUUUCAUGUCAUGCUGGAUAUGUGACUGAUGGUCUUCUUUGGAUAUCAGGUGGAGUAACUAACACGGCACAGUAUCAGAACAGACUAAUGGUAUAUGAACCUAACCAGAAUAAGUGGAUAAGCCGCAGCCCCAUGCUACAGAGAAGGGUCUACCAUUCCAUGGCUGCUGUUCAAAGGAAGCUUUAUGUUCUUGGAGGCAAUGAUCUAGACUACAAUAAUGACCGGAUCCUUGUACGCCAUAUAGAUUCUUAUAACAUAGACACUGACCAGUGGACGCGUUGUAAUUUCAACCUGUUGACUGGCCAAAAUGAAUCUGGAGUUGCUGUUCAUAAUGGGAGAAUAUAUUUAGUUGGUGGAUAUUCAAUUUGGACAAAUGAGCCUCUGGCUUGUAUCCAGGUACUGGAUGUAAGUAGAGAAGGUAAAGAGGAAGUAUUCUAUGGGCCUACACUCCCUUUUGCUUCCAAUGGAAUAGCAGCAUGCUUUCUUCCAGCUCCAUAUUUCACAUGCCCUAACCUUCAAACUCUUCAAGUGCCUCAUCAUAGGAUUGGCACCAUCUGAAAAGCCAAUGCUCUGUUAAUAACCAUCAUAAACAGGAGGAAAAACAAAGCCCUGACUUUUGGAUACUGGUCAUGAAAAGACUCAGCGCUCAAUGCUUCCUUGUCUUGUUUUAUAUAUCUUAUAUUCAGAUAAAUAUUAGCAAAAAAUGAACAGUUUUCUAAAAUACAUUAUUGAAAACUUAUGUCACCCUUCUCAUUGUAUGUCAGCACACAAUACAAUAUGUUUGACUUUUAUUGUGGUAUAGCUUAGUGCCAGCUUACUGGUACAUUAUUGUUCCAUUGGUCUUUAGAACAUUCUUUGUAGACUUCUUCUAUUCAGCACUGUCAAGAACAACAUGACGUUAGUAAGGCAAUUUAUUUCACACAAUGGCAUCAGUGAUCUUAAAAAAAGAACUCCAUACUUAAUCCUUUUACUACUUAACACCUAGGUUUGUCAUUUUUCUUUUUAAAAUUUAACAUUAUGCAGCCCUGCUCAGUAGAGACUCAGCAUUAUGACACUGUAAAUUUUUAAAUGCUAUGUUUUAUUCAAGGUGAUACAAAUAAUAGAAGUGCACUGGAACAGCAGUUGGAAUACCUAGAUUCUUCAUCUUGGUUACUCUGGCCUUGGGUCAUAACCUAACUCUACAAUGCUUCAGUUUUCUUACCUUUUAAUGAGAAUAUUACUGAUUUACAUAUUAAUUCAAAAGAACAUUGUGACAAUUAGGCAAAUGCUUUGAAGUACUUUGUCUAAUAUCACACCAUCUUUAGAAUCUUGUAAAUGAACAGGAUGAUUUUUUUGAAGUUUAAAAAUUACCACAUAGAACUUUGAAAACAUGCUAUGGGAUAAAUAAUUCUGAAAAUCAUGUGAAAGAGAUACAAUAAUUAGGAAAUAGGGAGUUUACCAAAACCAAAGAUAUUUAAACUUGUACAAAUCCUUGUCUCAAAUAAUAACUCUAAUGUCUCAUUUAAAGUCAUUUAGUGAAAAAUGACAUUUUAAAGCUAAAAAAAAAUUUAGUUGUACUAAUUAUGGUACCAUAAAGUGCUUUGACAUAAAUUUGAACCUAGAAUUGGCAGUUCUAAUAAAAGUUUUUCCACUUUGUUAAAGGUUAUGUCAAUCUUGAGUGCUUGUGGGAUUCUUCACCACCACCAAUACAUAUUUUAUUACCACAUUUAAUAAUGAAUAAGAAUUCUUUUCUUAGGCUAGGUUUUGGGGUUUGCUUUGUCUAUAACAAAAAAUAAAUAAAACAAAUUAAUCACAUUUGAGUAUAACUUCAACAAAUCUAAUGUGAGUUUUUCUUUUUUCCUAAUUUUGUCAGGACCUAGGUAAUCUUUAUUACAAGACUUUACUCUGACAUUUUUUCCCCUUGGCAGUUUAAUCAUUCAGCAAUCCCUCUCUUAUAGGAAAUUGUCAUUUUAUUCAUGUAAUCAUUUUUAGUAAUGAAAAGUGAAUGAAAAAGAAUCUUUCUAUCUUAAAUACAGAAUUCACUAACUUUAUAAUAUUGUUAGAAGACACCUAAAGUAUUGUUUUUAAAAUAUAUAUGUUUUUGGUUAUUCAGAUUAAAGGACAGGAGGGGAGACCAGAGGUAAGGAAAAAGGUAAAUUUUUAAAAGAACAGGAAAUUUAGUUUAGACAAACAAAAAACUUAAGAGUAUUUGGGCAGUUCUGAACAGUGAAAAUUGAUAUUGGUAAUUGAUAUUUAGAAUGAUGAGUUCCUUUCAAAGGUAUAAGCCAUCUAAACUUGAUUUUUAAAAUGCUUUACCAAGCCAGGACAAUGGACUCCAGCAACCCAUUUAAGAAAUCCUUUCAACAAGGACAUAAGAAAUAUUUCAGGUGUACUAAAUUUUCUAUUGGGCACAUGAAUUUUCCCUCCAGCAGUUUUGCCUUAUGAAACCAUUAAAAUCUAUUUGUAUUCCCAGACCCUACAUCCAAUCAAUGAAAGAGAAAUGGUCUAAAAAUAAGCUUGCCUGACUGAUAAUGGAAAGGCAGCCUGAGACUACCCUUGAUUAUUUCUAUAUAGAUUUCUAACCAUAUAAAUCAGCAUAUAUUAUCAGACCCCUCCAUGGUGAUCUUUAUAAUUUAUUCACUAAUAUUAUAGAAUUGAACUCAGAAUUUUUAAAACGUUUUGCAGAGUUCAGACACAUCCUUUACACCUAAGUAGCAUCAAAAUAAAACAUCCCAUCCCUAUAAAGAAAACAACUCGGGUUACUUGUAAUUAGAUCCUUUUCCUCAAAGUAUCAAUAAUAAGAGAAAUAAAAAUUCUAUUAAAUUAUGUUUGGUCAUGUAAGCCAAAUUCUAUUGAAACUAUUCAAAUAUAUAUUUUCUAUUUAAGUGAACUAUAGUAAUUCAUCUUCCAUUUUUACUACUCAAAAUUGAAGGCCAUAUUGUAUUAAAUAUUUAUAUUUAACGUGAAUUUUUAUAGGAAGACUGUAAGACUUCCAAACAUCUAAAUAUGACUUCAAGAUUUUACUUUAACCACUUCAGUACGGACUUCAACUAUAGUUGAUAGCCACAGAAGAACGUGCACAGCCGAGCGUUGACUU